CCACGUUGACAUGCGCGUUAACAAGAACAUUAGAUUUAACGAUUAAUGAGUCACUUGAGAAGUUGAGUACUUAAUGCUUGCAAGCGCUAUUCUGUGAAUCCGCACCGUUCAUCCGAGGGAAAGUCACAACAAUGAGGUCAACAAGUACGAGAAAUUUAAAGUUAUCAUGAACAUCUACUCAGAAGUCUGUAAAUAAUUAAGUAUUUGUGGCAAGGGCACUAAAUGCUUUGUAAACUGUAUCCUGUGUUGACUUCAGUGACGGGUAUUUACCCACUUCUAAAUUAAAUGACAACAUUUGAAGAAGCUUACGAACUUACUGGGCACGGUAGAUUCAAUCACCUAGCCUUGUUCACUAAUGGGUUUAUCCUGCUCUACGCGACCACAGAAUGCCUGGGCCUGGGCUAUAUCUUGAACAAGGCGGAAUGCGACCUGCAUGUCUCUAUGGGAGAACGCGGCGCGAUUUCUGCUGCUACAUUCAUAGGUGUUGUGGCGCCGGCAAUGGUGUGGGGGUACCUCGGUGACAAGUAUGGGCGGCGUAAGACCAUGUUGCCCGCGACCGUGCUGGCUGUCCUGUUCUCCUUCCUGUCGUCUCUGUCUACGAGCUUCUGGUCCAUGUUCCUGCUGAGAAUGAUCACUGGUACUCUGAUUUCGGCUUCCUGUGCUACUGCAUACGUGUACCUGGGGGAGCUAACUUCGCCAUCUAGACGCGCCGCGUCCAUCGCAUGGGGCUCCGCCUUUAUCGCAGGUUCUUACUUCGCCAUGCCCUUAUUCGCCUGGAUUCUUUUGCCGCUAAAGUUCUCUGUCGGCAAUGGCGCUCUUAAAAUCGUGCCGUGGCGAGUCCUGAUUUGGGCGUACACGAUAUGGGGCACCACCGCGUGUGUCGGCAUGGCCAUUCUGCCCGAGAGCCCCUCCUACCUGCUGGCCACAAAGGGCGGCCCGGAAGCCUUAGCGGUCUUGGCUAAGAUAUAUUCAUGGAACCAGAAAAAAACUGCCGCUGAGUACCCGAUAAAAGAGAUAGAUUGCCCUGCUAUUAACAGUCCGAAAUUUAAAGAAUCCCUAGCGCGAAUGAAAUUUAUGAUAAAGCCACCAUUGCUGAGAUGUGUCGUUUUAAGUCAUAUCUGUAACUUCAUGGUUUUUAUGCAGAGUAAUGCAUUUUAUGUGUGGCUGCCACACAUUGUGGAUGAACUUUUGAGACACGGUCCGAACAAGCUUGGCCUAAGCAUGUGUCGGAUUAUGAACGAUAUACAUAAGAGUAUCAAGGUACAGAUGUAGAGUAUCAUUAUUUUCCAUCGUAUUUUCACGGAAACAUUAUACGAAUGUGUCUUGCUAUUUCAGUCAGUCUCGGCACAAAAAGUACUGAGGUUGAUUGAAAUGCCAUGACAAAUACGAACGUCUCCGAGAAAAUACGAUGGAAAACAAUUUAUGCUCUUCUUCUGUACUUGGGUAUAAGAACAAUAUUAUCUAUUGCUUACAACGGUAAGACAGUGUUAAUUCAAGUAAGAUGUUACAUUUUAAUUUUUUUUAAAUUUAUUUACACAAAAGGUACACACUUUCAAAAAAAGUAUGGCCAUCUUAGGGGUUUGUGGAAGAUGUCGCUAUGAGCCUGAUCCUGAUAAUUUGCAAUAGCAACCGUUUUCUGCUUACCUAACUGUCUCCAAGCACUUAUAUUUAUAGGUAGGCGCACUUACCUUGAAUUCAUUAUGGCUACAAAUAUAAUGACCACCAAAAAAUACUUUGGUACCCUAAAUAAAAAAACAUGCUUACCAAAAAAAAUUUCUGAACACCAAAAAAAUAAGGCCUAAAAAUACAAAAAUACCACCAUUUUAAUUACGAUUGCACUUCAAAUUGUAUUCAAAUACCAAAUAUAGAUGGUCAAGCAAAUCUUGUCAGUAGAAAAAGGCGCGAAAUUUAAAUUUUCUAUGAGCUGAUAUCCCUUAGCGCCUACAUUUUUCAAAUUUGCCGCCUUUUUUUACUGACAAGAUCUGCUUGACCAACUAUAUAUUGAAUGAUCACAAAAAAUCAUUAAUGAUCACCAAAUCUUGAAGACCAAAUUAAUGCGAUAUUUACACCUAAAUAAACCAUUAUGAUUACCAA